CAGUAUCUCUUUGGACUCUGGUAUUCCAGUAUCCACCGUACAGUGCAGUACAGUUUGUAAGCGUAUCACAAUGAAGUCUCUGGUGUUAUUGGGUUUGACCACCCUACUGGUCUUGAGUUCAGCGGCCGAACAGAAGCAGCAGCAGGCGGCGGCCGAAGAAGCGAAACCAGCGGAGCAGGGUGAAAAGCGCCAUGAUAAGCGUGGUCUGUUCGAGCACGACUUCGGUGGACAUGAUUUCGGCGGCCAUCAGUUCGAAUCGUACGGCCACGGUCACCAUCACAUCGAUCUGCACCCACACCACGAGAAGACGCUGACCGUCGUCAAGAAGGUCCCGGUCCCAUACCCUGUGGAGAAGCACAUCCCUGUGCCGGUGGAGAAACAUAUCCCCGUCCCGGUGAAGGUUGGAGUGCCGAAGCCUUACCCAGUCUACAAGACUGUCCACUACCCAGUCAAGGAGAUCGUGAAGGUGCCCGUGCACGUUCCAGCUCCGUACCCGGUGGAGAAGAAGGUCCCGUACCCAGUCCAUGUUCCGUACGAUCGUCCCGUCCCGGUGAAGGUGUACGUGCCAGCUCCCUACCCAGUCGAGAAGAAGGUCCAUGUGCCGGUGAAGGUCCAUGUCCCGGCCCCGUACCCAGUGGAGAAGAAGAUCCCGUACCCGGUGAAGGUCCCAGUGCACGUUGAGAAGCCAUACCCGGUUGAGAAGAUCGUCCACUACCCGGUCCAUGUGCCAGUCGAUCGCCCAGUCCCGGUUCAUGUUGAGAAGCCAGUGCCAGUCCCGGUGGAGAAGCCAGUGCCGUAUGAGGUCAUCAAGAAGGUCCCGUACCCAGUGCAUGUCCCGUACGAUCGUCCCGUCCCGGUGCACGUUGACAAGCCGGUGCCAGUCCCGGUGAAGGUCCCAGUCCCGCAACCCUACCCAGUGUACAAGCACAUCCCGGUCGCGGUCGAGAAGCACGUCCCAUACCCGGUCAAGGUCCCGGUCGACCGUCCAGUGCCCUACACCAUCGAGAAGCACGUCCCGUACGAGGUCGAGAAGCCAGUGCCGUACCCGGUCAAGAUCCCGGUCCAUGUCCCAGUGCACCACCAUCACGAAGAGUACCAGCACGAUCAUGUUGAGCUUGACCUGCACCAACACCAUCACUAGAGAUAAACGUUUAGCAUUGUGAUAACCAUAGGAAUACCUUUUUCCCCCUACACUUCCUACGACAUGAAAUCUCCCCCCGCGCCUCCCCCUCCCAAACAAAACGACUCCCAUUACCUCCGGUUAGUGUCCCGUUAUGUAAUAGCUAAGUGUACCAUCGAAACCCAAACAAACACACACAAGAACUUCAAACACGCCGUCAUUCACAGAACACAGAAAACGAACACACGAGAGAAGACACACACACGUGGAACGAGAGUAUAACGACGCAACCGACGCAAUAGUUUAAACUCACUCGAUGAGUGGUAUCGAUCGUCGAUUUCAGCUCGAUUGAUAAGCAUAAUGUUAGUGGUAGCGAGCACACGCGCAUGCGCAACACUGAAAUAGCUGCUAGAGAAAGCGGCUGAGGAAGCUGUUAAAUUUCAUAAUUUCUUUAUUUACAACUUGUUACCAAUGCGAAACUGCAGAGCAAACGCGGUCAAAGCUGAAACGAACGAUGCGUUUGGUCCCAAAACUUUUCUUUUGUUUUCUGUUAGGAUUAUCAGCGUGGUUGCGAAGAGCGAAGAGAGUGUUGAACUAUGGUCGGAAAGACUUAACUAAAAUGAAAAAACUCGUAGCGAUGAAAGGCGGAAGAAAGACAAAAGAAAAUCAGUGUUGAGAGGAGAGAAGUAAAAAAAAAGAAGAAAAUAAAAUCAUUGUUGAAACCAAA